AUGAGCGAAGAAGAAAGCAGACAACAACUGGAAAAAGAGCAAAACAACAAUAACCAUAAUAAUGAUGCUGUAGAAAGUGAACCAGAAUUUUCUGAAAAUGAACAAGAAGAAGUUAACGCGGAAGAAGAGCUUACUGAAAAAGGUAAUGCAAUGUUUGUACAUUACAAAUCAGUUAGAAAGUUUAAAAGACUCAACAACACUAUUGAUAUCGCCCGUCUUCUAGAGCUUCUCGACGAUUACCCUGACGACGAGGAGGAAAUUAACUGUAUACACAUGAAAGUAAACAGUAUACCCAAUCUCGGUUUGGAGCGAUUCAAAAAUCUUCAGACUCUUUGCUUGAGGCAAAACUUUAUCAUUGAUAUUGAGGGUUUGGAACCUCUAAUUGCAUUGAAAGAAUUGGACUUGUACGAUAACAAGAUAUCGCAUAUGCGAGGAUUGAAUCAUUUGGUGCAGUUAGAAAACCUGGAUCUUUCAUUCAAUAAGAUCAAGCAUAUCAAAAAUAUUGACAAACUAGUCAACCUCAAUAAUCUUUACUUUGUCAGCAACAAGAUUUCGAAAAUUGAGAAUUUAGAUACGUUAGUGAAUGUUACAAACCUGGAAUUGGGAGCUAAUCGCAUUCGUGUGAUUGAAAAUUUGGAUAACCUCGUUAAUUUGACGCAAUUAUGGUUGGGAAAGAAUAAAAUCACAAAGUUAGAGAAUUUGGGCUGUUUGAAGAAUUUGAGGUCAUUAAGUAUUCAAAGCAAUCGUCUGACAAAAAUUGAAGGGUUAGAAGAAUUACAUAAUUUGGAAGAGUUGUAUUUGAGUCAUAAUGCCAUUGAAAAGAUAGAAGGACUGGAGAAUAAUCUCAAAUUGAAUACUUUGGACGUAGCAAAUAACAUGCUAACAAAAAUCGAAAAUCUAUCACAUUUACCAGAAUUAGAAGAAUUUUGGGCAAAUUCCAACAAAUUCGACAAUGAAUGUUAUGAACAGGUAGAAAAAGAAUUCAAGAACACCAAGACGCUAGCCACAAUUUAUCUGGAAGGGAAUCCAAUGCAAUUGAAGAAUAGAGCAACCUAUCGAAAUAAAAUCAAACUUGCUCUACCUCAAAUCAGACAAAUUGAUGCUACGUAG